ACAAGUCGGAUAAUAUUUGAUUCCGGUCGUACAUGCAAUCAUGACUUCCACAUGGAACGAAAUUACAGUUGCUAUCAAAGAAAAUAGACAUGAACUGAAAUUGCAAGGGCCUACCAUAUCAAGUUAUCUUGAGGCAAAUGGUGUAGACUCUAGGCUGUACCAAUUAACAAACCUAAACUACCUUGAUUUUUCAAAUACACGCCUAACUGAACUCUCUGAUGACAUAGGAUCCCUUGUCAAUUUGACCAAUUUAGUUUUAGACCACAACAAGCUAACUAGACUUCCUGAAACCAUUUCAAAAUUGAAGAAAUUGAAAUGUUUCGAUGUUUCAAAUAACCAGUUGGAAUCAAUUCCGGAGAGUAUCUCUGGGUUAACUGAGCUUCAUACCUUGAAUUGCAGCUUGAAUAGAAUUGGCACAUUUCCAUCGAUUGAAAAGAUGACAUCGGUCCAUGUGCUUAUCAUUUCAAACAAUAAUUUAACAUCACUACCUGAGGGAAUAUAUAGUGAAGAGUUGUCUCAUCUUAGUCAAAUACAGGCCAGCGACAACCAGAUUGAAGAAAUUCAGUCCGAAAUUUCAGACUUGCCUCACCUGAACUUGUUGGACUUGUCUAACAAUAAGCUAUCCACCGUACCUGCUGAACUAAGUGCCUGUCCAAAGUUGAAAGAAUUGAAUUUGAAAGGAAAUAAAUUUAAAGAUAGGCGAUUUGGCAAAUUGGUUGAACAGUGUCCGACAAAAUCUGUUUUAGAUUAUCUAGCAAAUGUUUUGAAGAAAGAGCAGGAAGCAUCUGGCAAAAAAGAUAAAAAACAAAAAGACAAAAAGAAGAGAGGGAAGAAAGCUAAUAAAGAUGUAGAAGAGGUUGUUAAAGAUAUGAUAAAUAUCUUGCAUUUCCAAGAAGAUGAAGGUUACACUGUACAAGUGACGCCAGCAGUCCUGUCAGUCCGUCAAUAUGUAUUAUGUUGUAUAGUAAGGCAGCUGUACCUCAAGAAGUCUAAUAUGAUCUACAAACAUUUCAUAACACUUCAGACAAAACUGCAUGAUGAGAUAUGUCAGAAGAGACAAGCAGCUACCAUUGCUACACACGAUUUGAAGUCCAUCAAGAAACCAGUAGUUUAUGAUGCCAAAUUUCCACAAGCUCUAAUGAUCACUCCUUUAUUUAAACAAAAAGAAGUGUCUGGUGAAAAGCUAGUGACAGAUCUAAACAGAGAAGCAGAAGAGCAGAGGAAAGAAAAAAAGAGAAACACAGUGUCAGGCAUACAUAAGUAUUUAGAUCUACUGAAGGAUAAAGUACAGUAUCCAUGUCUGGUUGAUGGUGAAGGUCAUGUGAUAUCAUUUCCACCAAUCACAAAUAGUGACAAAACAAAGAUAACCAAAGAUACGACAGAUUUGUUUAUAGAGGUGACCAGCCAUUUAAACCUUGACACGUGUAAGAAGGUCAUGGAUGAAUUGUUGUAUCGGAUGUUAGAAAUGGGUCUUGGUACACCAAAACCAGAAGAGGAGGGUGCUGAAGGUGGUACUGGUGAUACUGAAACUCAAAAUGAGGCUUCAAAAAGAGUUCAGAAGACAUUGAUAGUGGAACAAGUGCAAAUUUUAGAUACUGAAGGGAAUAUGAAAGCUGUUUACCCAUCGAGGGCUGAUUUACCAAAUGAAGCUAUCAAAAUAAUAAGAAACUAUGACUAACUAAAAAGAAUGGUGAUUUUUUUUAUCAUGUUUAUUAUGAGUAUAUAUUUAGUACAAAUUGAUUUUUUUCAAUAACAUAAAAUUAGAAAUUUCAGAUAAAAAGAUCUUUAGCUCAUGAUUAUUAAAAUAUCUUAUAAAUGGAGUGAAAACAAUGUAAAUUCUGUAUGAUGAAGUAAGGACAAAAAGGCUCAAAUUAAGUUCAAAAUUUAAUGAAACCAUACAUGAUCUUUAAUUUUCCCUAACAUGACUUAGGAAAUAGGUGUUCAUGAAUUUAAAAUAAAAUUUCCCAUUCGUUCAGUUUCCAUAGCAACAAAACAUGAUGACAUUAGUAUUUUUGUAAAAUGUCUUUAUUUUCCUUAUUUUGUAUCAAACUUUUGAGUUUAUUUUGGAUUGAAAAAUAAUGAGCGCAUCAAAAUUAUAUUUGGUGGAAUGAUGCACGGUAAAUAGCUAUAAUAAGAAAGCUCUUACAAAUAAAAAAAAUCUUAUUAUAAGAUGCAGCCAAUGUUUCCACCACAGAAAUUUGGAUAGUAAACUGUAUAAAAUUGACACUUUCUUCAUUUUUGUGAAAUAUGUGUAUAUAACAGUAUAAUGAGAUAAUUAUGGCAUCAAACUUAGUAUAAAAUCUUUUCUGAUUUAUUUAAAUUGAAGAUUUUAUCGUUUCCCUAUAUUAUGAGCAAAUUUGAAGUAAUUUUCAAAAAUCAUUUUCAAAUAUGGGCCUACAUUCCCUUUCUUCUACAGAAGUUUUGAAAUGUGUUUAUUAUUGUAAAAAAAUUGACAGCAUUAGUAUUGCAUUAAACAGAAUUUCUAUAUUAAAUUUGUUCCCAGUCUUUAUAUGCAACAUUUCCUUAAAUUGUGUUAAUUAAUUUUCUUUUUGUUAUUCCAUCACAGUAAUAAAUGUGCACAGUAAUUUUGGAAGUUAAAGUAAUUACAAGAUAAAAAUAAACUGUUCUAUAUAUCUUUGUUUUGGAUUCUUUAGCUUUAGGUAUUUUUCUUACUAUGCAUUAUAGCUUGUAACAUGAAUUUAUAUCAUAUUAGUCUCAGAUACAACAAUAUCGGUAGAAGGGGGAGGCAUUUUUCUUACCAUUAUAGCUUAAAACAUUAAUUUAAAUCAUUUUUAUCUCAGAUACAAGAUAUUUAAUUAUUUGGUAUACUGUUUUACAGAACAUCUAUAUGUUUAAGUUUCAAACAGAAUUUGGGAUAAAAUUGAGAAUGGAAAUGGGGAAUGUGUCAAAGAGACAACAACCCGACCAAACAGCAGAAAACAGCCAUUCCAUCCUCCUCCCCCAAUCAUCCUUAAAACACAUUCAGUUUUACAUGAAGAAGUAAUUCUGAUAGAGCAUGGAUAUUUUUCAUGCUGUUGCAUUUCUUUCAAUGCAUUCAAUUAGCCAGCCUCCAUGCUUUAAUAUACUGUGAACCAACUUAUUUUCGUUGGCGAUUUAUUUUUCUUGACUUUUGCGAGCAGAAAAACAACGUGAAUAUAAAUCGUCACGAAUAUGUAAAACUUUGAUCUUUCCAUUUUUAACUUAAUCAAGUAAAUUUGAAAACCGUGAAAUUAAAAAGCAGCGAAGUGGGCUAGAAAGGGCUAAUCAUGAAAUAAAGUAUCUGCAAAAAUAAGAUGGUUUACAGUAUUCCAUUUAAUGAGUUUGGGAAGUGUAAGUAAAUAAAGAGAUAUCAACUCCCAUAUACAACCAAUUGAUAUGACAUGUCUCCUGUACUUUUAGUCUUUUGAAUUUUGCAGUUGAGGCAUUCUCUGUGUAAAAAGUUAAUUGUACAGAUGAAGAAUUGAAAACUAGUCAGAAUAUAGUAUUUCAUCUGUUUAACAAGGAGGUGUUCUGUAAAAAAAAAUAAUUCCAUAAAAUGCCUCAUGCUCAGAUCCUAUAGAGUCAGUUGUUCUCUCCGUGUUCUUCAGCUUCCUUCACCAAAAAAUAAAAACUGGCCACUAUGAUAUCACUGAGUGUGCUGACAGUGGCAUUAAGGUGGUACCUAACACUACAGGGAGAUAACUGUAAAAAUCAGCUGAACGUUUUAAUCACGUUCUAUUGAUAAGGAAAUAUUAAGCUUCUCAAUGAUCAAAAUUAGUGUUUGUCAAACUGCUAUAUAUUCAAUGAUAUAUUCAAUUUUUCCGAUAAAGUGUGUGGUUGAAGUUUUUUUUAAAUUUUUAUAUUUUCGUCAAAGGGUCAAAGAAAAUAUUUUGUCAAAAUUUUAUGAAAAUUAAACGAGCCAAAUUAAUUUUCGGCAAGGUGUUUGGUACCACCUUAAACACCAAAAAUCACUAAGAUCAUAUUUUGGAAGUAUCUGAUGAAUGAGUGCACACAAAGUGCAAUGAAGCUGAACUUUUUAAAACUUCAUAUCUGUUUAUUUUUCUGAGAAUAAAAAAUUGUUGGUAAAAUAUGCUAAGAUAUAGAUUUGUUCCCACCUGUUACCAUUUUACUAUACUUUGGCAAUGUGCAUAUAUGUUGAGUAAUGAACUUACAUUUCUUUGAAUUGUCUAUUCAAAACCACUUGUUAAUUUUCUAUUUGUAUGUACAUGUAUGUAGUUUACAUGAGAUAAAAGCUACUCCUAAAUUGAUAACAUAAGCACCAAUUAUUGCAGUAACACAUUUAUAAUAUAAAGUACAUUAAAAUGGUUACAUUAAAUAUCUAGUACAUUAAAAUGGUUACAUUAUCUAGUACAUUAAAAUGGUUACAUUACAUGUAUUUAGUACAUUCAAAUGGUUACAUGUAUCUAGUACAUUCAAAUGGUUACAUGUAUCUAGUACAUUCAAAUGGUUACAUGUAUCUAGUACAUUCAAAUGGUUACAUGUAUCUAGUACAUUCAAAUGGUUACAUUAUGUAGUACAUUAAAACAGUUACAGAAUCUAGUACAUUAAAAUGAUUACAUUAUCUAGUACAUUAAUACAGUUACAGAAUCUAGUACAUUAAAAUGAUUACAUUAUCUAGUACAUUUAUACAGUUACAGAAUCUAGUACAUUAAAAUGAUUACAUUAUCUAGUACAUUAAAAUGAUUUCAUUAUCUAGUACAUUAAUACAGUUACAGAAUCUAGUACAUUAAAAUGGUUACAUUAUCUAGUACAUUUAUACAGUUACAGAAUCUAGUACAUUAAAAUGAUUACAUUAUCUAGUACAUUAAAAUGAUUACAUUAUCUAGUACAUUAAUAAAGUUACAGAAUCCAGUACACUAAUACAUUUAUGGUGUGCAGUACAUUUUACAUUAAUUUUUGUACAGCAUGUUUAUUCAAACAUUUACAGUAUCUAGAAAAUAGUUUUGUUAUAGAUAUACUUACACUAUUCUCCUUGUUGUACUAAAAUGUUUUUAAAAUUAGUGCUACUUCAAUAAAAUAUUUAUAUUGUU